AUGGACAAGUCGAUGUUAUUAGUUGAAAACGGCGAGAAGCGGAACACUCCGAUGGUGAUGGAGGUUGGAGAAGUGAAGCGAGGCUUUACGACGAAAGUAGGAGCGAGCGAAGCACUUUUGCGAGCGAAACGAUUUCUUCCGAUGAUGGCUGAAGCGAACAAAGGAGUGACGGUUGGUGAGAAGGAUGUUGAUAUUGAACCAUUGGACAAGUCAAACCCUACUUCAGAAGACACGAAGAAGGAGACGACUGACGGGAAAUGUUACGUUGAGAUGGAUAUAGCUCUUGGCGUCUUAGAAGAGAAAGGGAGUGGCUCCGAGUCUGAAUGUUGUAUUGAAGAGAUUUGA